UAAUAUUAACAAUAGAAGCCGAAAUAUAAGUGGAAAAUCAAGGCAAAGCACAGUGUUGCGUGACAUAUGCUAAAAUCUAAGCCCCUUCGCCAUACUGAAGAUCCUGCGCCUGGUGACAUCAUUAAAACGUGUUCCUUCCGUCCGACGCUGUGUGGAGCUGCUUCGGCCGAAUGUGAACUGCUAGCAAACCAGGAGACAAAAGCAACAAAGUGAACCCCCCUCUGGUUCAAUCAAAUGUGUCAUAUUUAACUGUUUAGGAGCCGAAACCUAGUGAUCACAUCGUCAUACUUCACAGUUGUGGGUGGAGAGGUGGAACUUCAGUCAUAAAUGGAGAGGGACAAGCAGACACCCUGUGUCCUGGACAGCCACAUACACAUUACUACACCUGCUUGAGAGCUGCUGUAUUGAUGACUACACUUAGGAAAAAGUGAAUAUAUUUGACAACGCAGACCUGACUAUUCUACAGAAACCCUCGGGCUGCAGCCAUGGAUGUGAAAGAUGAGGUCUUUGAUAUGAGUGUGGAUAUGAUCAGUGAACCUAAUGGCUCCAUAGAAAUUAAAAAAAGAGAGGCAAAAGGGACCUGCUUGAAAAUUGAGGGACAGGAUGGGUACGUGUUCAAAUCCUAUAGCAUAAACCCUCAUGAGCCUAUGGACGCAAUGUCACCUGCUUGUUCCUCAACGCUGGAUAAGGACUCUCCCCAUUCUCUCCACUUAUCUUCUCAGGGUGAAAAACAGUUUGACUCAGAUGAAGCAAAAGGGAUUGAUACAGCUUCCCCGACUCUUUUAAACAAAUGCCUAAAUACUGAUGCUGAGGAAAAUACAGACAAUGAAAAGUAUGAAAAUGCUAAUGAAGCAAGUCAACAUAUCAAAGAGGAGAGUGGGGAUGCAAAUGGAAAUGAUGAAGAAACACAAGAUGAUGACAGACUCGCAUUUGGUAGCUCUGUUGGUCCUUUUGUAACUAGAGAUGGUGAUGAGUAUAGUAAUUUACUAAGUGGAUACACAAGCACCCUUUAUGAUGUUGCCAUGGACGCUGUCACUCAGAGCCUUCUGUCAUCUAUGAGGAGUCACACCAACCCAAGAAAAAAAUCUCCUGCAUGGAAUCAUUUCUGCAUAUCACCACGAGACAGUACCAAAGCAAUCUGUUUAUACUGUAUGAAAGAGUUCAGUCGGGGUAAGAACGAGAAAGACCUCAGUACAAGUUGUUUAAUGAGGCAUGUGCGAAGGGCUCAUCCCACUGUGCUUUUACAAGAAGGAGUAGAUGCAUCCUCAAAUAAUCUGACUAGCUCCCUUGCCUCAUCUUUGAUACCUCCAUCCCCAAACUCACCAAAAAACGGAGACUUGACAAAUAGCAUCAUUACUCCUGCCUCAAAGAACACUUCACCGUCCACCUCCUCAGCUGAAAAUUCAGAGACAUCAUCCAAAGACGUGUUACCAAAAGUUGAACCAAAACUAGAACUGUAUGCCAACAAUGACACUGUUUGCAGCACACUCCCAUCCUCACAUUCCAGUGAAAGCAACCUUGAAGACAUGUCAGAUGGAGGGCCUGAGCGCCUACCCGGGACCCCAAAAAGCUCUAGUUCUCGUCGGAGAUCAGCCGUAUGGAAACACUUCUACCUGUCACCUGCAGACAGUUCUAAAGCAGUGUGUAUCCACUGCAUGAAUGAGUUCAGUAGGGGUAAAAAUGGUAAGGAUCUAGGGACAAGCUGUCUUAUUCGUCAUAUGUGGAGGGCUCACAAAGAGGUUGUCAUUGAGGAAAAUGGGCAGGGCAAUCACAUUCCCCCACCUUAUACAAAUCCACCCUCACUUUUGUCCCGAACACAACUACAGGAUCAGCUGGAACUAAAAAAAGAGUCACCAUUUCUUCCAUCCUCACCAGAAACCAUAUCAGAUGAAUUACCCCAGAGCAUGGAGGAAACCAUGGAUAUCAAGGAGGAAUCUGAGGUGAUGCAUCUCUCAGGGCACAAAUCCUCACUCAAUCUCUCCUUCAAAAUUCAGGGGGAGGAUACACCCCUGACUUCCUCACCGUGUGAUCUCUCUGAGGGCAGCAGUCUAAACCAGGAUCAUUCAGUUUUUCAGCAAAACAAGAAGAUCAUGAAACGGGUGAAAUCUGAAGUGUGGCACCAUUUCAUAGUGUCACCAGUUGACCAGUUAAAAGCACUGUGCCGUUACUGUCCAUGCGUCAUCAGUCGGGGGAAACGGGGCGACUUUGGUACAAGCUGUCUGAUGAGGCAUCUUAUGAGGCGUCAUCCUGACGUUCUCAAAAACCAAAAAAGCACAGAUGAGAAGGAAUCCUCCCCUCAUCCUUAUACCAAUCUCACUGCAACAGACACAGUUUCAACCAAAGAAACUGAGAGCCCUGCCGGUGAGAAGAAGCCUCAAACCCUGCCUGUUUUUAGUAAAAAGACAUCAAAACUGUGGAACCAUUUCUCUAUUUCACCUGCUGACCCCACAAAGGUAGUUUGUUUGCACUGUAGCCGCACAAUUAGCAGAGGCAAAAAGACUACAAACCUUGGCACAAGCUGCCUUUUCAGGCACAUGCAAAGGUUUCAUGGACAUGUUCUUGAAAGUAACAAUACUAUCUCAGGUGAUGUGCUAUCUGCUGAAAUUCAUGUUAAACAAGAGCUCAUGGACACUUCUGUUUUUGAAGCAGAGCAGAACAGUGAGAGGUUUGAUGAACACCACCCGGUUGCCAAAAAAAUCACCAAACUUAUUGCAGAAAUGCUCGCACUGGAUCUCCAGCCAUCAACUAUGGUAGAGAAUGCUGGACUGAACAGACUGCUAGAGUACCUCCAGCCUCAGUAUUCUCUACCAUCUUCUUCUUAUUUUACCAGCACUGCCAUACCAGACAUGUAUGAAAAGGUGAAGGAUGUUGUGCUGGCCCAUCUGAAAGAGGCUGAAGGUAGUGUUGUCCACUUUACAACUAGUAUUUGGGUCAGUAGCCAGACAAGGGAAUACCUGACCCUCACUGCCCACUGGGCGACGUACGAGUCAAGUGUCAGACCCCAGGGCCAGGACUUUCACUGCUCUGCUCUCCUAAGUGUCUCACAAAUAGACUGUGAUCAUGAUAUGCAUAACAUCCCAAAGCAGCUUGAAUAUCUGUGGGACUCCUGGAUCAACUCAUCAGGGCUGAAAAAAGGGUUCACUGUAACUGAUAACACCACAAUUAAAAACACCUUGGAGGACCAUGGCCAUGUCACCAUGCAGUGUUUUGGACACACCAUAGACCUCAUUGUUAGCGAAGCCAUAAAGAGCCAGAGAAUGGUUCAGAACCUUCUGAGUAUUGCACGAAAGAUAUGUGAACGUGUGCAUCGCUCAGCAAAGGCCAAGGAGAAGCUGGCUGAGCUCCAGAGGACUCACCAGCUGCCAGAGAACCAGCUGAUUCAGGAUAUUCCCUCCAAAUGGAGAACCUCCUUUUUCAUGUUGGAACGACUGGUGGAGCAGAAGAAAGCUAUUGACGAGAUGUCAAUAGAGUGCAAUUUCAGGGAAAUGAUUAGCUGCGAUCAGUGGGAAGUGAUGCAGUCAGUCUGCAAUGCACUAAAGCCUUUUGAAGUCGCCUGCAGGGAGAUGAGCAAUCACACUGCCACUCUGGGACAAGUGAUACCACUCAUUCACAUCCUCAAUAGAAAAAUAGACCUGCUGUUUGAUGAGACUGUGGGCAUAGAUAACAUGCUCAAGUCUCUAAAAGAAGCCAUGGUGAGCAGAAUGUCCACAACUCUGCAUGACCCACGAUACACCUGGGCGACAAUGCUGGACCCACGAUACAAGACUUCAUUGUUCACAGAGGAAGAAGCGGAGCAAUGUAAACAAGAUCUGAUUCAGGAGCUGGACUUGUCCUCUUCUACCUCAGUUGCAGUUAAGCCUCCACUGCCCAAUGGCUGCAACGAGGCCGCCGUUUCAUCUAACACCUCCCACUCAAACAAGGACAACCUCUGGUCUCUAAUGGCUGACAUCCGACAAAAGAUAAAACACGAGGAGAAGCCAAAGUCCUCAGAGUUAGCAGUGCUGGAGUACCUUGAGGAAGACAUACUUGAUCAAAGCUGUGACCCCCUCGACUAUUGGAACCUAAAAAAGUUCCUGUGGCCCGAUCUUGCCAAAGUAGCUGCCCGUUAUGUGGGCUGCCCUCCCAGCAUUGUCCCAGUAGAGACACUGUUCAGCACAGCUAGUGUCAAUUGUGCCCUGAAUCAGCCCAGGCCUUUACUGGAAAACAUAGAGGGUCUGCUGUUCCUCAAGGUCAAUCUCCCUUUGAUUUAUUUUCAGUACUGAUUAUUAUUGAGUAUUAACUUGAAAACCCUUUAUCAAGGACCAAGUUGCUUAGCUGUGAAAUUGAUUUUUUUUUUUUCCUUCUAUUGGACAAAAUGUAAAAUACUGAUUUAUACACUGAUUGAUUCUCAAUGCAAAAGGCCAGAUUAAGGUUUUAUUAUAUUCUACAUACUACUGUUAAACACUUUGGAGCGGCUGUGAUGAAAAAUCUCAGUCAGAA